AUGAGUUGCGCGGAGAGCGAAUUACCUUUUGGGGAUCUAAAGCAACACCAGCUUAGGCCCAGCCCAAACUGCUCUCUCCACCCCAUCUCAUCUCAACUCUCACUGUGCUACUACGACACGAACCCAUCUCUCUCCUCUCACCCUGACGAGCAUCUACUGCAACCAGCAACCACCGCGCACCACCUUCUCCGUGACCGGAACCCUGUGCGACCACCACCUGCCCUGUGCCACCUCCGCUCCCACGAGGAAGCAGGUCGCGCCUCCACAACCGUUACGAGCGACCACCAGCAGCUCUCCGCUACCUCUACCGCGACCAGGAAGCUUAUAAUUGGAAUUUUAUCAUGCAUAUUGUGUUUGGGGAUAACAGAUUCUGGUUUUGAUCAUAUUUCAAUGAUGGGCACCUAUUGCAAUAAUAACCUAGUGUGCAACUUGUAUUACCCGCACUAUUCAAUAACCAAUUGUGUUGCCAAAUUUUAUGGUGUUCUGACUAGAGGACACUCAUCAUGCCAAAACCCAAUUUAUUUUGGUUUUCAUAAACACCGUUUUGAUUCAGUACUAGCUGGUGUUGGUAUGGAAGAAAUUGUUAAAGAAGUGAAAGAAGAAUAUUACAGAAGGUUUAGGUGGAUUGAGAUUGGCAAAAAUGUCACGAGAGAACAACAACAGGCCAUAUCUGAACUUCCUUUCAGGAUGUCGAAUCGAAGUAAAGCCUUGAUGAGACAGAUUAUUUGUUUUUCUGCAGAGAAGGGCACCAUAUCUGAUCUUUUGGAAUCAUGGGUGAGAAUUAUGAAGCCUAUCAGAGCAGACUGGCUUUCAGUUCUGAAAGAGUUGAGAAUAAUGGAACAUCCUGUUUACCUUGAGGUAGCAAAACACGCUCUUCGAGAAGAAUCCUUUGAAGUCAAUAUUCGUGACUUUACAAAGAUAAUCCAUUAUUAUGGCAAACACAAUCUACUGGAAGAUGCUGAAAAUUUUCUAACACUCAUGAAGCAAACGGGCUUCAUCUAUGAUCAAGUAAUUCUGACGACCAUGGUGCACAUGUACAGCAAGGCUGGCCGCCAUGACCAAGCCAAGGAAUAUUUUGAAGAGAUCAAAUUGCUUGGCGAACCUUUGGAUAAAAGAUCAUAUGGCUCAAUGAUCAUGGCCUACAUCAGAGCAGGAAUGCCUGAAGAAGGAGAGAAUUUACUCAAAGAAAUGGACGCGCAAGAUAUAUGCGCAGGCAGCGAGGUUUACAAGGCACUGCUUAGAGCCUACUCUAUGAUUGGUAAUGCUGAAGGUGCACAAAGGGUGUUUGAUGCAAUUCAAUUGGCUGGUAUCACUCCAAAUGAUAAGAUGUGUAGUUUGGUUGUUAAUGCUUAUGCUAUGGCUGGACAAAGUCAAAAGGCUCUCAAUGCAUUUGAAAAUAUGAGAAGAACAGGUAUCAAACCUACUGAUAAAUGCAUAGCUUCAGUAUUAAUUGCUUAUGAGAAGGAAAGCAAGAUAAAUACAGCAUUAGAAUUUCUACUAGAUUUGGAGAAAGAUGGAAUCAUGGUUGGGGAAGAAGCCUCUGCAGUACUGGCUAAGUGGUUCCGAAAACUGGGGGUGGUGGAGGAGGUGGAGCUUGUUUUAAGAGACUUUGCCACCGGUCACCAGAUAAGCUAA